AUGUCAUCCCUCACCCCUUCCUCUCGCUUCUCCUCACCCCCCUCCCUCUGCUCCGAACCCCCUUCCCUGCCACCUCUCUGUCAGUUGGAGCGGCAGCGCAGGGAGAUGCAGCGGGCCACACAUCCCCUCCUCUCGCCCCACCUGCCCACUCUCAUCCGCACUCUCUCCCACGACGCCUCCUCCUCCCCCUCCCCCCUCACUCGCUCCCUCGCACUCGCCGCCCUCUCCUCCCUCCUCUCCCACUCCGCCGACCCAAUCGCGGCCUCCGCCAGUCUGGCGCCAACCAAUGGCAUUGCGACAGCUGGACGGGACCACUGGAGCAUUUUUGCGCAAUCCGUGGGCGGCGGGCAGAAUCAGAAUCUGCCGAUUGGAUUCGGGCGACUGCCGGAUUUGGCACCGGGGAUGACGUCAGCACUGGCGGUGGCAUCCACGUCAGCCGCGGCUGUGCUGAGUCAGAUGCAGGCGCACGGAAUGGUGCAGGCGUGCAUAGCUGACAUCAGCAAGGGGAUUUCAGAGGUGCUCCUGCUGCCCUCGGCCGAUGCACAGCGCCAGGCGUUCGUGACGGAGGCGCGGCUGGCGCUGCUGCUGGCCAUGGCGGCGGCCACGGGGCGCCAGGGGCUGCUGCUGCUGCUCAACGCGGGAUUCCCCCGCGCCAUGGCUGCAUGCCCCUCCCUCGACGCCCCUGUUUCUGAGGCAUCUUACCUGGCGCCGCCCCCAGUGGGGCUGUCAUCUCUGGACGUGCCUUCGGAGUCUCUCUGCUUCGCUCACCUUGUUGCCCCUGUGCUGCGCCUGCUGCUCGCCCUCUCCACCCUCGCCCCGCCUGACGCCUCGCUCUCACCACACGCACCACCAUCCGACGCCACUUCAAAAGCGGACGUGGCAUCACAGCUGGUGCAGUUCGCCGUGCACCACGAGCCCAUGCUCUCACGCCUGCUGAAGGACCGCUCGCCCGCCUGCAACCCCACCGACCUGCUGCUGCUCUCCCUCUCCACCGCCUUCCUCUCCCGGGCACUUCUCUGGGCCGAUCCCUCUCAGCUGGAGAGCCUGCGAGGCCUCAUGCUGCGGGCAGCAGCGGGGUACAGCGUGGGCGAUGGGGAGAGGCGUGUGAAGUAUGUGCGGCAGCGCAGGGCAAGGGAGGAGGAUGACCGUGACCGUGCUGGAGAGAUCGGUGGCAUCUCGCUCUCCCUACUCCUUCCUCCGCUCUCCUUCCUCUGCAAUUCUCUUCCCGCUCUCUCACAUGACCUCCCAUAUUCUCAUCCACUGGAACCCCCAACAUCGGCGCAUGCGUGGCAGGAGGAGCAAGCAAUGGAGGAGGGGGUGUUGAGAGUGAGGGCCAACCUCAUGUCGUACCUGCGCUCCCUCGUCGCCUUCAAACGCCUCCUCCUGCCCGCCGCCUCCAAGCACCAGGUGAUUCGCCAUGCUGCCUCCAAGCACCAGGUGAUUCGCCAGGUGCCGGCAAACUUCUUGCAGCAUGUAUCUGCCAUGUCCUCCUCGCCUUGUCUAGUGUAA